UUUAGAAUCACCAAAUCAUUACAGAUUCUUCUCUCUCUCUCUUUCUAAAAAGUGGACUUCUUCCAAACAUUUCAUAGAUAAAACCUUCCAUUGUCAGAUCCAUGCCUCGCAUUAUUCAAUUCCCUUCCUUUCCCUUAAAAACCCUCUAAUUCGGCCAUUUUCAGCUCAAGGAAUUUUGUGGAUAGUGUUUGAUCAUUCAAUUUUGCAAUCACACUGUCUGAUUUCCCUCUUUUUUGGUGGAUUUGUUAAACCUCUGGUGGAAUUUGAGUCCGAUUUGGGGAUUAUAGUUUUUGGUCGGUGAUGGCGGAAAAUCCGGAGCUGGAGGGGUUGGUGAGUCAACUCAGUGAGGCGGCGACGGCUAUCUGCGCGCUGCCGGAGUGCAGAACGGUUGCGAAGAGGAUGUACGGAAAUCUGGUGAGGAGGGUGAAGCUCUUGAGCCCUCUGUUCGAGGAGCUGCAGGAUGGUGGGGGCGGGAUUGAGCUCGGAAACGACGUCGUCAAGGGGCUUGACUCGCUCAGGAUCGCUAUUGACUCGGCUUUUGAGCUGCUCAAAUCGGUCCAUGAGGGUAGCAAGAUUUUUCAGGCUCUGCAGAUUGACAAACUUGCUGGAAAGUUUGAAGACGUCACCAUACAGAUCGAAGCAGCAUUGAGUCAGGUUCCCUAUAACGAGCUUGAUAUACCUGAGGAGGUUCGAGAACAGAUCGAACUCCUACAUGCGCAAUUCAAACGAGCAAUAGGUCGGCUGGAUUCACCUGAUCUGCAAUUGGUGAAGGACUUGGCUGCAGCGCAAAUGGAUGACGACCCUGAUCCCGCAGUUUUCAAAAGACUUUCAGAAAAGCUGCAUUUGAGGACUACAGCUGAUCUAAAGCGGGAGUUGCUUGCCAUCCACGAGAUGGUCAUCUCGUGUGGUGGGGUUCCGGAAGGAGUUUCGGAGGAGUAUAUUGAAACUAUGUCAUUCCUUCUUAAGAAGAUAAAGGAGUGCGUGUCAGCGGAUAAUCCGGAUGUUGAUGCUACUGAUAUUGACAAGAGUUCGAUGAAGCACAGAUCUCCGAUCAUCCCGGAUGACUUCCGUUGUCCAAUAUCAUUAGAGUUGAUGCAAGAUCCCGUAAUUGUUUCCACGGGGCAGACCUACGAACGAUUGUGCAUUCAGAAAUGGCUCGAUGCAGGGCACAAGACGUGCCCUAAGACUCAGCAGACGCUAGUGCACACGGCGUUAACUCCCAACUACGUGCUGAAAAGUCUUAUUGCUCUGUGGUGUGAGAGUAACGGCGUGGAGCUGCCGAAGAAGCAGGGGAACUGUCGGAACAGACGACCGGGAGCUAGUGGUUCCGACUGUGAUCGUGCUGCUAUCAACGCGUUGCUGCAAAAACUAGCAAACGGCAACACUGAUCAACAAAGGGCAGCUUCCGGCGAGCUUCGUUUGCUAGCUAAGAGAAAUGCUGAUAACCGGGUAUGCAUUGCUGAAGCCGGUGCCAUUCCUCUAUUAGUCGAGCUGUUGUCCUCCUCCGACUUGAGGACUCAAGAGCACGCCGUCACAGCGCUUCUCAAUCUCUCCAUAAAUGAGGCGAACAAGGGCACCAUCGUAAAUGCAGGCGCCAUACCCGACAUUGUAGACGUGCUGAAGAAUGGAAGCACGGAGGCUAGGGAAAAUGCAGCCGCGACCCUUUUCAGCCUCUCGGUCGUGGACGAGAACAAAGUCGCUAUAGGCGCCGCCGGGGCCAUCCCCCCACUGAUCGAGCUGCUCUGCAACGGAUCGCCUCGAGGGAAGAAAGACGCGGCCACGGCCAUAUUCAACCUCUCGAUCUACCAAGGGAACAAGGUGAGAGCAGUGAGAGCCGGAAUCGUACCGCCGCUCGUGGCGCUGCUCAAGGACCCCGGGGGCGGGAUGGUGGACGAAGCGCUCGCAAUCCUAGCAAUCCUCGCGAGCCAUCAAGAAGGGAAAGCCGCCGUCGGGCUGGCCGACCCCGUCUCGGUGCUGGUCGAGUUGAUCCGAACGGGGUCGCCACGCAACCGGGAGAACGCGGCCGCGAUACUGUGGUCACUGUGCACGGGUAAUGGGGACUAUCUGAGAAUCGCGAGGGAGCUCGGGGCGGAGGAGGCGCUCAAGGAGCUGUCGGAGAAUGGCACCGAUCGGGCGAAACGGAAGGCCGGGAGCGUUCUGGAGCUGCUGCUGCGAGUUGAUGACGAGGUUGUUGGUUCGUGACAGCCCAAUUGUUGAGGUUUGUGAAGAUUCAUCAUUCAUAUUGGCUUGAUUUUGUGAGUUAAAAGAGCGUUUGCUAAUGUCAUUUUUACACCAAGGGAAAGUGUAUUAUUUCAAUAGUUAGGUAGUUUGUAUAAAGCGGUAGAUAAAUAUAAACCUCUCUCAAUAUUCAUAUUGUUGUAUCGUGUGUGAAGAUGGCUGUAAAAUGAGACGAUGAAGCGUAUCUUACUGUUUUUAUUCCA